AUGGCUAACCAAGAACAGCUUCCUGCUUUCAUUACCAAUCCUUCACAUCCUUUCUUUCUUCAUCCCAAUGAGAAUCCCUCUCAAGUACUUGUAAGUCCAGUCCUCAAUGGUCGCAAUUAUCACUCAUGGUCUCGAUCCAUGACCAUGGCUCUACGGUCCAAAAACAAGUUGGGAUUCAUCAACAACAGUGUGAUAAUUCCAGAUGAUGAUGAUCCAGAGUAUCAAGCUUGGAAGCGCUGCAACACCAUAGUUUUGGGUUGGAUACACAGAUCCAUCUCACAAACAAUCGCUCAAUCCAUUUUAUGGAUUGAAAAUGCAUCUGAUGCAUGUAGUGACCUCCGCGAUAGAUUUUCUCAAACAAAUAUGUUCAGGAUAGAUGAGUUAGACAAUCCGAGGCCAUUGCCAUCUCCGGUGAUUCCAUGUGAAUGUGGUGUAAUUGCUCAAAUGAGAACAUUUCAUGAUCAAGAUCAUACAAUAAUAUUUUUGAGAGGAUUGAGUGAACAAUAUGCUCAAGUUCGUUCUCAAAUCAUGCUGAUGGAGCCAAUGCCAAAUGUGGUUAAGGCCUUCUCCUUAGUGACUCAACAAGAACGACAAUUUCGUUCGGAGGAUCACCAUAAUCUUCCAGUUAUUGUGCAAGCUAUGGCAGUACACAGUGAUCAAGGAAAUUUUCGUAGAGGAAAUUUUGAUAAUGGACGUGGAGGUCGAAAUAUCAGAGGACGUGGACGAAGCUUUUAUGGUGGAAGAGGCUCUACAAAAUUGUGCACUCACUGCAAUCGCACUAAUCAUACUAUAGAGACUUGUUAUCUUCUCCAUGGUUUUCCAUCUGGAUAUAGAAGAAAUAUGAUCAAUAGUGCCUCUGUGAAUCAAGAAAGCAAUACUAACGAUCGAAUGACAACUCCUUCCAUAAACAUAAUUCAAGAUCAAUACCAACAGAUCCUGAAUCUGUUACAAACAGCCACUCCCGCCAAUCCAGAAUCUCAAAGCACCUAA